ACAUUAGUAACGCUCCUGCCAUGGAAUUGGCAGCACCCAAGUGACUUAUCACGUUAUUUCAAGCUGUCACUACGGAGAAAUCUAACCGGUAGGAAUUUGACGCUUUUCUGUUGCACAAUGGAGGGGUUCCUCUCGGACGAACUGUGUCGAAAUCCCCAUAGGCUUGCACACUGUGGAAAGAUCACGUUUUUUAACCGCAAACGAGCCUCAGCCACAAAUGACGGCGAAAGAAGCGAGUUGCUAUUCUGCAGCUUUUCGUUUGAACGGGGAGACAACGCGUUCCUGAAGGCAGCAGAUGGAGCAGCUGUCAUCAGCAGGAGGAGAUCAGCUCAUGUGGAUAUUGUAAAAUGUAAAUGUGUCACAGAUGUUCGGAAGAGAGUCACAACUGCAUGCAUUUUAGUGACGAGGACGAGUGAGAAAGGACACAGCUUCCAGUAUAGCCUCCUCACACUGAGCAGCUCAAACAAACUGGAGCCCUGCAUUGAGUUUAAACUCCCCUAUCAAAUGAAGGACAAUGUGAGCAUCCUGCAGGGCCCCACAGUGUUGUGGACUCAUGACAAUACUGUCUUUUACACAUCUCUGAAGGCAGGAGGUGUGAAGCAGAUCCCCAUCCAGUUGUCCCACAUUGUUGUUUCAGAACUUCCCCUCCACAAAGGACAGAUAUUUGUUCUUGGGCUGCCAAACGUGUCGGAAAAGUCCUUAAAUGACCAGCUCACAAGCCAAACUGUUGGCUGCUUUGUUGAAAAUGGACUAGUGUUUGAUGGCUCACUGGUUUUACCUCAUCCCUACAUUUGCAUCACACAGUGCCUCUUUGUGCUCGCGGCUGACAGCGAGGACGGUGUUCUGACAUGCACUGUGGUUGCAGCAACGUCUAAACAGCAGCUUGUUUAUUUCGAGAAUGGAGCUGUGAAAGAUGUGUGUCAGCUACCUUUUGAGCAGCCUGAAAAUAUUCAGGUAGUUGACGCAGGAAGGAAUGGCUGCCUGUUUGUUGUUUCCUUUCACCAGGGGCAUGUUUGUGCUGUAUGGAAGGAAACUUUUCAGAUAGCCUCCCUCUGGUCAGAUGUCAGCUCUGUCCAUGUGGAUGACUUCUUGGGAUGUGGAACAGAGCAGAUACUUCUGGUUUUUAAGGAUCAAGGUGCAGCAGGGCAACCAUUGGAAAAAUUUCUCAUCACAGACCUUUGUGGUAUUUCGUACUCCCGUGGUCAGGGUACCGAAGCAUCAAAAACAUCCUCACCUCCAGCAGAGAACUAUCUACUCACUGUUCAAGCUUUGGAGUCCAGACUACAGAGUGGAUUGAUCGUGCUUCAAGAGCUUCAGAGAGAAGGGAGAGUGAAGGACAGAGUUCUUCAGCAGACAGUCGGAGCCUUGACCGAUGUGGUCUCAGGAAGAGAGACUGUUCUCAGCCAGCAUGAGCAGGAAGGCCUUACUGCUCUGUGGGACUGUGAUGAUGAGUCAAAGGACGAGGCCUUGGAUGACAAGAUGCAACACGCGCCGACAGUGUCUUCAAAACCUCAAAUUGACAAGCUGUGGCAUCGCAUCACUGAGGACCAAAUGAUUGUUGGAGUGAUACUAAGUAGUGACAGCUCUCGACCAGUGAGCGGCGUGAGCUUAUCCAUCCUGACAGAGACGGGCCAGAGCUCAACGCCCGCCGUCAUCCAGACCCGGAGCCAAGUGUUCUGGCUCCCUGCGCCCUGCCCCUCAUCAUCCUCCUCUGCCUCCUCGUUCCCGGAGCCCGCAGCCAAAAGAAGCAAGCAGCAUAACGCCAGCAGACCCAAUGAUCUCAACACAUGCAGACUGGCUGUGACUGCGGUGACCAAGCUGACACCUCUGUUGAACUCCGACUGUGUCAAAUGCAGUGUCAUGCUCCAUUACGUCCAAAGACAAGAUGCUUUUGGCCUCGUGAGCGAUCCAGCACCGGUAGUUCUGCAUUGUGGUCAAGUUGUGUUAGACAUUAAUGAUGACUUCCAAUCCCAGCUGCUGAAAAACCCUCAACUUAGAACAGAUGAGGUUAGAGAGGACUUGCUGAGUCUGUUGGCAGUGCUGGACCGCUGGGUCCUCCACAUAGACUCACCUGAUUACAGUUUAGGUGAUAUAGAUGGCUGGAUUCAGAAAAGAGUGGGCUGUAAGAAGAUAGAAGUGAACCCUGAGUAUCUACUGUUAAAUUCGUCAGGACCAUCUGCUGUCAUGCUGCUGCGCUGGCAUCAGUCAACCCCUUUCCAGGGGAAACUGUCCGUCCAUUCCAGCCAAUUACAGAUGCUCCAGUUCUUGGACUCACUGUUGGCGUACCUCCCUGCAUCCUGCUCCGUCCGUCCCGUCAAAGGUGCGAGAGGUGAGAGUACAGCACAAAUGUUCGCUUUAGCGUUGGAAAAUGAGGUGGUCUCACUCAGGGAGGGUGUGUCGUUGCUACUCUGUGAAGAAGAUGAAGAGGAGGCAAAGAAGAAGAGUACUGGACAUGAAGAAACCCCAGGUUCUGCAGAAGGGCUUCUAAGGUGUCGAGAGGUGUGGCAGCGGGACGUGGAGAGGACUAGGAUGAGGUUGAGCCCCCUGGUGGAUGCGGUGCGGUAUCGUAGGCUGAUCCAAAGCAUGACUAAAGUCCAACUCGAAGGGGAUUUGGCAGCUCUCCUAAACACUCAGGGAACUUUGCUCAGCUAACGUACUGCACACAUGAUUAUUGUUGAAGUUCCCAUCGCCACGUCUGUGUUUCCAGCGUUGCCUCCACGGACAGAAUGCGGCUCUUUAACAGUGUCAAGUGUAAUGACAAAAAGACAAUUCAUCACCUAUGUUCUGUUCAUUUUCCACUGCACUGAGCACCUACCCCUGUUGCCGUCUUGCUCAUGUACUGAGCUGAACUGUGAGUGUCUGCUCACUCAGACAGCCUCUCGGGGGUUCUAUCUAUCCUAUUGCUGUGUGGAGCCUCAACCCAAUUCCAUUGGAUCACCUCCUGGGUUUCACAGCCUUAAUCUGAUACUGUUGUGAUACUGCUCUCUGCACACAGCUUAUUCUUCUCUCCAUGUCCCUUUUAGACCUUCUGUGUUCAAAAGCGCUCUUUUAUGUCUGUUGCUGCGGCUUCUGCGUGCCGUUCAGUGGGAGACAGAGAUCACUUUCAUCCUGGAGUGAGAAACUGUUUGUGUUAUGAAUAAAGACAGCAGAUGAUGGCAGUGCUAAGCUUUAUACAUGUACUCAUAGGCUGCAGUUGACUGAAAGCUUUUAGUGGUACUUUCCCCUCAUGGCUCAGUUAUUUUGAUGUGAAAUGAUGUUAAGGGGGGAAAAAAAAAUUAUUGGACGCUGUUUCCCUUGUGACGCCGCACAACCUGUUAGUGGUUCAGUUACAACGGCAUCCGUCCAAGAAAACAUCAAAUUAUGUUUAAAACAACCUCGACUUUGCUGGAUACUUAAGGUCUGUUGCAGCUUGACCAGCGGUGUUGGCUAAAAUGGAUCUUUUUUUUCCUCCCAGUGGGAAAUGAAUUCAGUUUCUUCUGGGAGUGACACCAUCUGUUUGUAUUACUCAGUCUGAGGAGAGAUUAAUUCCCCAUCUUUAACACCUUUAAUGUCUCUGCUUCAUUGGGCGUAACUGCUUCCACUGGACUUAUCGCCACAGGACUUGCUCUGAAUAACCGAAACAUAACCACUUAAAAGUUUUCAUGAGAGGUUUCUAAUGUUUUACUUCUCGCCGCUGUUGGGUAAUGAAACAGAAGCAGGAACUCUAUUUUUGUCACGUCCGUGUGUAAAUAAAGCUCCAGUUUGCAGCUCUGUUCGCGAGCUCAACUUCAGCCACUAUGCAAGCUGAUCACACACAAGCACUUUUUCUUUUUUCUGCUCCUUUAAUCCCUCACAUGCAGAAAACACCCCCUCCUCCCCCUUUUGGCUGCCAUACAAACACCCCUGUCACUUCUAGCAGCGAGGAAGACUUUUGAAUCCCGCACAGUAAAUAACACCAGUAAAUGGCCAGAGGGAAAUGAAUCACAUGUGGAAAGGACAAUUCAAUUGUAUUGGUGUUCCCUUAGAGCCUCGACUGCCACCCCAAUAAAAUAUAUGGUUUGUCAUCCCA